UUAGGUCCUAAGUUAUUUGUGAAACCCAGUUCCAAGUCUAAUAGAAAUUUGAUUACAAACGCCAUCAGUCAUUGUUGUCUAGCUGGUAUUGUUAAUAAUGACGUGAAAAAUAAAGUUUUAGAGGAGCUUGCUCGAUCCUCAGCGAAACAUUUUAUCAUUUUAUUCCGUGACGCUGGGCUGCAGUACCGUGGUGUUUACACGUACGAACCAGAGACGGAAGAAGUUUUUAAAUUAAUUGGCACUGGUCCUAGAUAUUUAAAUAAUAGAUCACUUGAAAAAUAUUAUAAAUACAAUUCUGGAAGCAAGAGUUUUAGUGAAAUCACCUCCACCAAGCAUCUGUCUGUGUCCAUUGACGCCAUAGUUCCUGUUAGUACAGUCUGGAAGUCUUCAAAACCAACAGCUAUGAGAAGAUAG